AUGGGUAAUUUGUUUGCGAGUAAAAAACAUUCUAAGUCUAACGCGUUCGCCGAACGGGAUCGAGUUAUUCUGCAAUUAAAAUCUCAAAGAGAUCUGUUGGGCAGAAAGAUCAAAAAGUAUGACAAUGAUGCAGACAGACUGAAACUACAGGCCAAACAAUUAGUUCACGAACAGAAAAAAGACAAAGCCCUGGUGGCACUGAGGAAGAAAAAAUUUCUAGACAACACCAUCAGGAAUUUAGAAAGGCAGUUAGAAGAAGUGGAAAACUUGGAGAUUGAUGACAUCUUAUCAAAAGGAUUGAAUGAUGCAGAUGAAGAGGAGGUUGAGAAAGAGUUUGAUCAGCUGUUCAAUAUCAGCACUGAGAAUUUGCCAGAACCAGAAGAUCAUUUUCUCGUUAAUGAAGAAAUUGCUGAUCAACCCACAAAGAUCAAAGUACCAACGAAACAGAGAAAGAUCGCUCUAGAAGCUUCAUGA